AUGUAUUCGUCUAAGGAGAUCGCAGAAUUUCUGAAGCGCUUUAGAAUCAAUGAGGACACAACACCCUUAAUAGUAAUCAAGAUUGGUAGUAACCCCGACGAAGUUUUGGAGGAUAUGUCCAAGGCAGUAGAUGAGAUUCAGAUCUCGUUUUCAAAACUAGAUCAAGAGAAGGGUAUGAUUGGGCUUUACCAGCUUCAGGCCUAG